AGACCAGAGCGCAAAUAACACGCCAAACUUACAAGAAAAACAGUAUCCAACUUGAAAGGACUACCAGCAAACGGCAAAUUGGAAAGCAAAAACGACGUCGCGUUAGGAAGCAGAACAACGUCAGGCUGUCCAACUCUGAUCAAGAAGCUUAUUUAAGCUUAUUUCCACCGAAAUAAUUUGUGAAUGUUCUUGUUAUCAGGCAUCAAUGGCGCCUCUCACAAGGUCAAUGAAGAAGAAAGCAGCAAACAGCAAGAGUCGCAUCAUGCAAUCUCUUCCGAAGGAGCUUUUGGUAGAAGUUCUUGCAAAGGUGGCUUCGAACUCUUUCAACGAUCUCUACUCGGCAAAGUUAAGCUGCAAGGACUUCAACAAAACGGCUGAAGAAGACUACAUAUUCCAGUGCGUUGACAUGAGCAAAUUCCCAUUGGAUUCUUGGAGGUUUGACGACAAAUUCUCCAAGUUUCUGAAACGCUGCAAAAAGUGCGGCAACGUGGAGGCCUUGUACCGACAAGGGCUUCGAGAUCUUUUCAUAGGCAAGAGGGUGCAACAAGGAAUCAUGUGUCUGAAGAAAGCAGCCUCGAAGGGUCAUGUAGAAGCGACGUAUGUUUACGGCGCCAUCUUGGUGUGUUUCGGGGGAGAGGCGAAGCAGGAAGGCCUGGAGCUUCUAGAAGGGUAUGUCAGAGUUAAGAAAGAGGCAAAAUCUCCAUGA